AUGGCCGCGUCCAUGAUCGGCGGCCAAACCGUUUGUACACAAUGCGGUUGUCGUUUCUGCGUGACGUUUUGGAUGUCUUUCGACCACGUUCCCCAUGUUGGAUAUGAUCAUUGCCGGGAUUUGGAAUCGAAAUCCUUAGCCACGCGGGAAGAUCUGCACAUAAUAUUGGAUGUGGACCCCGGCGUCGAUGACGCCAGUGCCAUAGUCCUAGCCUUAGGCCUUGAAGCAAACAUUGAAGCGAUCACAUGUGUGAAUGGAAACACGAACGUUGAGAAAGCAUGCGACAACGUUCGACGGGUCCUAAAGUUCCUUAACAAAACUUCGACACCGGUCUACGAGGGGUGUGAUGAGCCCUUAACAGGACGAUACGUAGAUACUGGAAACUAUUUUGGUGAAGACGGGUUAGGCAAUGUAGCAUCGAAGUACGAACUACCACAUCGAAAUCAUGAAAAGACAUCAAUGAACAGACACGCAGCCUUGCGGAUGUUAGAGAUGGCUAAGGCAAAAAGAAACCUGUAUACCCUGGUGCUCUUGGGGCCACUGACCAAUGCCGCCGUGGCUUUAAAGAUUGACCAACACUUUACGAGCUACUUGAAGGACAUGUUCAUCCUUGGUGGAAAUUAUAGAGCAGUGGGAAACGUGCUUCCCGGAGCCGAAUUUAAUUUCUGGGUCGACCCCGAAGCGGCGGAUGUUGUCCUAGCUAAGGCACAGUGCCCUGUUACCAUCGUGCCUUGGGAAUCAAGCUUGGAGUCCCUUCUCCCAUGGGAGCUUUACAACGCAUUGGCAAACAUCUGUGCUACAAAAGCUCAAUUCUACAAAGACAUAACCGCUAUGCAGGCGACAAAACCAUGCCGAAGAGCCGAAGGUGCGGAAUUUACGGACUCAUCACUAGCAGUUUUGGCAGCGCCUCCUAUUACGAUUGUUCCAGACAGCCAGAAAGUCCUCCCACAGAUCAUGAUAUGUCAGACACUUCGUUGUCAGACAUCAGUGACAAUGGAAGUGACCCUAGCCCAAGGAGACAAAGUUGCACACAAACAGAACUGGAUGAAGAGCUAUACCCAGGGUCUCGCAUUACAAGAGGUGAAAGUUUGA